ACCAAACUCUCCGGUCAGCGGUCAAUAUUUUAGUUUAGAUCGCUGCUUAUCAAAGGAGUUUAUAGUAGGUGUACGCCGUAGAGAAGAACAGAAGAUGACGAUGAGGGCGGCGUUGCGACGGUUGAUCUUCGUUGCGGCUAUAUUUAUCACUUUAUCUAUAGCUCAUUCCAUUCAUGACAAAUGCGCAGCUUGCAAUGCCGUAGCUGAGGAACUGGAACUUGAAAUGAUGAAGGAAAAACCAAAAAAUCAUCUAGAUAUGAGGCAUCGUUUGGAUUCCACAGGUCAACGCAGAGGAAAGGUAAUAGAUUACAGAGUCAGUGAGCUGAGAGUUGUUGACCUCUUAGAUGGACUUUGUGAUAAAAUGCAAGACUAUACUCUUCAGAAGAUAGAUUCAAACAAAAAAACAUGGAUUAAAGUGGAUGAUUGGGAUGACAUGACUAGUAAUAAGCAAGAAUCACGUGCUCAUUCGAAAGAGAUAUCAUCUUAUUGUGGAAGGUUACUUGAGGAAACCGAAGAUGAGCUAGCGGAAUUGAUAAAGAAAGGAUCAGUCAAAGUAGGAGAAGUGAGCAAAGUUUUGUGUCAAGAUCUUAGCAAACAUUGCAAGAAAACAAGUGGUCAACAUGAGUCAACCCAUGAUGAUGAAGAUGAUGAAGCUAAUGAAGAACUUUGAUUGAAUAAACCCAAACAAGGAUGGGGGAUGGAAGCAUACUAAUACGGAUAUUAAUUGAGAUGAACUUUGUUUUAUUUUUGUAUCUUAAAAUUUUUGUUGGAAUUAAUGCUUAUCAUCAACAAAGAAACAUGUUGGACAAGUGAUCCUUAAUGUAUUCUUCAUUGCAUUGGA